GUUGCAGUCCAGGAACUACCAGUAUGUCCUGUCGUUGGUUUUUGCCAUUGAAGAGAUCAACAGGAACCCAUAUCUCUUACCCAACAUAUCUCUGGGAUAUGAGUUCCAUAGUGUUCUGCACACUGGUAGGUGGACAUUGGAGAGCUCUUUAACUUGGCUUACCGGAAGGGUCAAGUACAUCCCUAAUUACACCUGUAGCAAGGAGAGCAAGUCCGUAGCAGUAAUUACAGGACAAACAUGGACAUCUUCAGCCCAAAUUGGAACACUGCUGCACCUCUACAGAUUUCCACAGCUCACCUUUGGGCCUUUUGAACCCAUCUUGAGUGACAAUGGCCAGUUUCCUUUUCUCUGUCAGAUGGCCCCCAAGGACACAACUCUGGCCCUUGGCAUGGUGUUCUUGAUGGUUCAUUUCAGCUGGAACUGGGUGAGGCUGAUCAUCUCAGAAGAUGAGAAAGGCAUUCGAUUUCUCUCAGAUGUGAGAGGAGAGAUGGACAGGAACGGAGUCUGCCUGGCCUUUGUGAAUAUGAUCCCAGUCACCAUGCUGUUGUAUUUCACAAGAGCUCACAAACAUUACAACCAGAUCAUGAAAUCCUUGGCACGUGUGGUUAUCAUUUUUGGUGACACAGAGUCUCUUCUGGCUGUGAGUUUUAAUAGAUGGGACAAUGUAGUCACACAGAGAGUUUGGGUCACCACCUCACAAUGGGAUGUUACCAAUAGUAAGAAACCUUUCAUCCUGGACCCAUUCCAUGGCGCACUCAUUUUUUCUCACCACCAUGGGGAGAUUUCUGGUUUGAAACAUUUUAUCCAGACAGCGAACCAUGUCAAAUACCCAGAGGACACAUUCCUUGCUUCGUUGUGGUGGAUGCAUUUUAACUGCUCAGUCUCAGAGUCUGAGUGUAAAACAUUGGAGAGCUGUUCUUCCAAAGGCUCCUUGGCAUGGUUACCACGGCACCAUUUUGACAUGGCCAUGAGUGACGGGAGUUACAACAUAUACAAUGCUGUCUAUGCC